GGAAAGGUGGGAAAUGUGGCUCGCCUCCGGUUAUUGAAAAUGGAGACCUUCUGUCCUUACCCAUGCAAGAAUACUCAGAGGGUGCAACACUGGAGUACAAAUGCCCAAACCUCUACGUGCUGGAAGGAUCUCAGUAUAUCACCUGCACUGAUGGGCAGUGGACAAGCCCCCCAGUUUGCCUAGUGGCCUGUACAGCAUCUGAAGAAGACAUGGGCAGAAACAAUAUUGAGCUGAAAUGGCUGACAGGAAGAAAGCUGUAUUCCAGAUCGGGUGACGUUAUUGAAUUUCGCUGUAAAAGAGGCUAUUCGGAGGACCCAGCCUCUUCCCCGUUCAGAGCAGAGUGUGUGGAGGGGACGUUAGAAUACCCACGGUGCAAGCCAGCAA